AUGGAGAGCCAAGAUGGUGGAUGUGUGUUGACGGACACGAGGAUUGUGGCUCAAUGUGUGCUCUUCUUAAUCGCUGGCUACGACACCACUGCUUCAACACUCACCUUCUCGUCUUUCCUUCUGGCCAAGAACCCUGUACACCAGCAGCGUCUCCGCCAGGAGGUGCAGCACAUGGUUCAGGAACAUGGCGCUGUUACCUACCAGGGCAUCAUGGAAGCAAAAUUUCUCGAUGCUUGUAUCAUGGAAACUUUGAGACUGUUCCCGCCUUCAUUCGUUGGUGAACGAAAAUGCACCAAAACUUUCAAAAUCCCUGGCACAAACGUGACUCUACAUCCAGGCGACUACUUAACUAUCCCAUUCUGGAGUUUACAUCACGACCCUCGUUACUGGCCAGAUCCAGAAGCAUUUCUACCAGAUCGUUUUCUGCCGGAGAACAAGGCCGAUAUUACCAACUUUACUCAUAUGCCCUUUGGAAUGGGACCUAGAAAUUGCAUAGCAAUGCGAUUUGCCCUGAUGGAGGUCAAGGUAGCACUAGCUAAGCUGUUAUUAAAAGCUGAAUUACGCCUAUGGAAUGGUCAUGAGGAACUAAAACUGGAAUGGUCUCCUUUCCUGCUGAGACCAGGAGGCGUCAAUCUCGUUAUCUCGCCUCUUGCAGAAAGUACACAAGGCUAAAGAUCCAG